AUGGCCCAUUUCUCGGGAGAGGAUCAGGCGAUGCUACAGGCGAUGCUGAGGCAGUUGUUCCAGAACGUGAAGGAGAAAAUCACUGGUGCUCCCUCCCUGGAGUGCGCCGAGGAGAUCCUCUUACACCUGGAGGAAACUGAUGAAAAUUUUCACAACUAUGAAUUUGUGAAAUACCUUAGACAGCAUAUAUACAGCACGUUGGGGUCUAUGAUUGAAGAAGAAAUGGAAAAAUGGACAUCUGAUCAGAGUCAGGGUGAGGAGUCUGGCUAUGACACAGUUGUACAGCAUGUUACUAAGAGAACUCAGGAAUCUAAAGAAUACAAAGAAAUGAUGCAUUCCCUGAAGAACAUCAUGAUGGUAGUGGUGGAAUCUAUGAUAAACAAGUUUGAAGAAGAUGAGAUGCGAAGUCAGGAGAGGCAGAAAAAAAUGCAAAAGGAGAAAAGCAAUAGUUACUGCACAGACAAUUGCUCUGAUAGUGAUUCGUCAUUCAAUCAGAGUUACAAAUUUUGUCAAGGAAAAUUACAGUUGAUUUUAGACCAGUUGGAUCCAGGGCAACCAAAAGAGGUGAGAUAUGAAGCCUUGCAUAUGUUAUGUUCGGCUCCACCAUCGGACGUACUGAACUGUGAAAACUGGACCACUGUCUGUGAAAAACUGACGAUGUCUCUUUCAGAUCCUGAUCCUGUGUUCAGCGACCGGAUUUUAAAAUUCUAUGCACAGACGUUUACCCUUUCACCAUUACAUCUGACAAAGGAAAUCUAUACAAGCUUAGCUAAAUAUUUGGAGUUAUACUUUCUCUCCAGAGAAAAUCAUAUUCCUCCUGUUUCAACUGGCAUAGAUAUAACUAAUACUAAUGUGAUCCGCUUACUUAAAAAGGUUCGUCUUCUAAAUGAAUAUCAGAAGGAGGCGCCAUCUUUCUGGAUUCGUCACCCUGAGAAGUAUAUGGAAGAAAUUGUGGAGAGUACUUUGUCCUUAUUAUCAGUUAAACAUGAUCAGAGUCACCUUGUCUCACAAAAGAUUUUGCAUCCCAUCUACUUUCUUGUACUGGUUGAUACCAAGGCUGUGUGGUUCAAAAAGUGGAUGCAUGGCUAUUAUAGCAGAACUGUUGUACUAAGACUUCUUGAAAAGAAAUAUAAAUCUCUGAUAACUACAGCAGUUCAGCAGUGUGUUCAGUACUUGGAGUUGUGUGAGACCAUGAAAGCCGAUGCGAUUGUGGGACAUUCAAAGCAUUGUGGGAACAAGCAGAAAACGUUCUACUACUCAGGGCAAGAGUUACAAUAUAUUUAUUUCAUCCAUUCUCUGUGCCUUUUGGGAAGAUUAUUGAUCUAUACACAAGGCAGAAAGCUAUUUCCCAUAAAGCUGAAGAGUAGAAAAGAUUCAGUAUCCCUUACAGAUCUUCUGGUUCUGUUUACCCAACUUAUAUAUUUAUCACCAAGUUCUCCAAAGAUGACAUCAGCUGCACAUAUAGAGAAUUACUCUCCUGCAAGUAUGGUGACUGAAGUUCUGCAGAUACUCUGUGAUCAAAAGGAAUGUGCAAUCGAAUGCUUAUAUAACAACACUGUGGUUGAGGCACUUCUUCAGCCAAUUCAUGAUUUAAUGAAAGGAACUAAGGCUGCUCCAGAUUGCUCUGAAACAGCUUUAAUUUAUAUAGCAGAUGUUUUGGCAAGAAUUGCAUCUGUAGAAGAAGGGCUUACUUUACUUCUUUAUGGAGAAAAUAUGAACUCUUCUGAAGAAAAAAGUUCUACAGGUGCUCAUAUAAUAGCCCGGUUUUUGAAGAAACUUCUUGAUGAAGAUAUUUCUAUUUUUUCUGGAUCAGAAAUGUUGCCAAUGGUGAAAGGAGCUUUUAUUUCCACGUGUUGCCAAAUAUAUGGCACAUGUGAAGGUUUGCAAGUGUUAAUCCCUUAUAGUUUACAUGAAUCUCUAGCAACGGCAUGGAAGAAGAUAAGUUUGUUAUCAGAAAGAAUUCCUACUCCAGUAGAGGAUUCAGAUUCUGUUUCUUCGAUAAGCCAAGAAUCCCAAAACAUUGUGGCUUGGGAAGAGAAUUUAUUAGAUGGCUUACUAAAUUUUGCUGCCACUCCUAAAGGACUACUACUUCUUCAAAGAACAGAUGCCAUCAGUGAAUGUGUGACAUUUAUGUUCAACCGAUAUACAAAAAAAUUACAGAUCAGCAGGCAUAAAAAGUUUGACUGUGGGGUUUUGGUUACACAAGUAGCAUCAACAGCAGUAGGUGCAAUAGCACUACAAAAUUCAGGGUAUGUUAAUGCACUUAUAACUGAAUUAUGGGCCAACCUGGAAUGUGGAAGAGAUGAUGUUAGAGUAACCCAUCCCAGAGCUACUCCAGUGGACCCUAUUGACCAAAGCUGUCAAAAGUCUUUUCUUGCACUGGUGAACUUCUUAUCUUAUCCUGCUAUUUAUGAGCUGGUAGGCAAUCAAGAUCUUCCUAAUAAAGAAGAAUAUUCUCUUCGUGAAGUUCCCACAUGUAUUAUUGAUAUUAUUGAUAGGCUUAUAAUUUUGAAUUCUGAAGCUAAAAUUCGUUCUUUAUUCAACUAUGAACAAUCACACAUCUUUGGCCUACGGUUAUUAAGUGUCAUGUGCUGUAAUUUAGACACUCUCCUUCUAUUAGAGGCUCAGUAUCAAGUAUCUGAAAUAUUACUAUAUGCUCAAGAAGAAAAUAUCUUAGAGACCUCUGAGGGCCACAGGGAUUUUAUAAUUGACAGCUUAUCAGUAGAGAGAAAUCAUGUUCUUGUUAGAAUAAAUCUUACUGGUGGGCCAGCAGAACGAAUUUUGCCUCCCCGGAUGUUAGAGAAGGGUGAUGAUCCAUAUCCUUGGCCAAUGUUUUCAUCAUAUCCUUUACCAAACUGCUAUCUGUCAGAAGUUACAAGAAAUGCUUAUCUAAAACAAGACAACGAUCUCAGCAAAAUUUUAUUACACUUCAAGAUGUCUGAUAAACAAACUGAUUGGAUAGAAAACUACCAAAGACAAUUUUGCAAAAUAAUGAAGGCCAAACCUGAUAUAAUCAGUGGAAGUGCUUUAGUAGAAUUACUUGAAAAUUUUGUGCUUCAUCUCUUUGAAAGCCCAUUGGAGUGCUACUUCCCCUCAGUAGAAUAUACAGCUACUGAUGCAAAUGUGAAGAAUGAAAGUCUUUCACUGGUACAACAGCUUGGCAUUAAAAUGACUGUCAGGUAUGGCAAGUUCCUCAACCUGUUAAAAGAUGGUGCAGAAAGUGAUCUUACCUGGGUUUUAAAGCACUGCGAGGGAUUCCUGAAACAGCAGCAGGCUCAUGUAAACUCUUCUCUUCUCUGCCUGCAGGGCAGUUAUGCUGGCCACGACUGGUUUGUGUCUUCUUUGUUCAUGAUAAUGUUGGGGGACAAACAGAAAACAUUCCAAUUUCUUCAACAGUUCUCCAGGCUUCUGACAUCUGGUUUCCUCUGGUUGCCAAGACUACAUAUUUCAAAGUACCUACCUGUUGACACUAGAGACUCGGGCAUCCACCCAGUGUAUUUUUGCAGCACUCACUACAUUGAAAUGCUCCUGAAGGCGGAGGUGCCGCUUGUGUUUUCAGCUUUUCACAUGUCUGGUUUCGCACCAUCGCAGAUUUGUCUGCAAUGGAUAACUCAGUGUUUUUGGAAUUACUUAGAUUGGAUAGAAAUCUGCCAUUAUAUUGCUACUUGUGUUUUCCUUGGUCCCGAUUAUCAAGUAUAUAUCUGUAUAGCUAUAUUCAAACACCUCCAACAAGACAUUCUACAGCACACCCAGACUCAAGAUCUCCACGUUUUUCUAAAAGAAGAAGCACUGCAUGGGUUUCGAGUGAGUGAUUACUUUGAAUACAUGGAAAUUUUGGAACAAAACUACCGACCAGUGUUGCUGAGAGACAUGCGGAACAUUAGAGUGCAAAGCACAUAGAUCAUAAAACAAAGGGACUUGAUUGUUUCCUCUCUGUGUCCAU